GUGUCAGUGUUAUGAGCUGCCUGUUUGAUUCCCAGGAUUCUGAGUUUGUUUCACAUUUUGGUCCUCACUCCACGCACUGCAACAAAUACAACUUCCUGUGCACUUAAGAAGUCUGUGCACCAGUUUUGCGCUCCUGCCUGGCUCCUGGUCCUCCCCUAUGUGACCCCACUGAGAAAAUCCUGGAGACGCCCCUGCUUUGCCAGCUGUUUGCUCAGUUAAUUAAACUGAGCCUGGGUUAGUCAGGAAGUCUUCCAGCUGCGGUGUACGUGCUGGAAGUCUUGUCCCGGCCCAGCCCGGUCUGCCCUGGCACGACGGAAAGAAGCGGUUUUCUGAGAGCGAGGAGGGACCGAGCCGUGCACGAGCAGGCGGAGUAAAAGUGCACACGUGGACACCUGAGACUGACGUUACUUGCAGCCAAUCAUCGCACAGGCUGGUGACGCCAGCUCACGGCAGUCAUCCAAUGGGAGGGUUUAUUGAGGAGUAAAAGCCUGAAGUGUUUAGAGUCGGGGAAAAAAAGGCUGUGAAACGGAUCCGGUCCUGCUGGGAUUCCGGCUCGGAGGAGAUGUUUACUUCAUGUCUUGCUGAAGAUUAGAGGAGAAACCCAUCUUCUUUUCUAAAAGAUAAAAAUAUUUGUGUGACUACGGGGGAAAAAAUGAAGUUGAUUUGAUUCUUUUUCUGUCUGAAUACUUCAACAACUUUUCAUCUCCAGAGAUAAACAAACUUGGGUGUGGUGAGGUAUCAUGGGCAGCUUCAGAGGCCACGCUCUCCCUGGGACCUUUUUCCUCAUAGCUGGGAUUUGGUGGACAGUAAAGUACUCGCUUUGGUACGCCACCCGCAGGAACAAGAGCAUCGGUUCUACUCGGCUGGCCAGCAGAGCCUCACAGCGACGCCUGGAGAUCACUGAGAGCUCUGUUAUACUCUUUUUCUCCCUUGUUGGGAUGCUGGCAGAGCAGUUUGGAUCAGGUGGACCGAAGCUUCAUUUGUACGACUUUGCAGAGAAACAAUGGGACCACCUGCACAGCUGGCACCACGCCACCAUGUACCUGUUCUUUGGGCUGUUUGCAAUGGUGUCUCUGAUUAUCCACAGCACAGAAGCAGCACCACUGGCACUGGAUAGGUUAAUGCUGGCUAUUGCUUUCUUUAAUGAAGGAUUUCUUUUUCUUUACCACCUCCACGGCAGGAGCAUGCUGGAUGUCCAUGUGCAUCAGCUCCUUCUGUACGCAAUCUUUGGAGAGACUCUUGUCGCCUUCCUGGAGAUCUUUCACCGAGGCAACAUCAUCCUGGAGCUGCUGCGCUGCACGCUCACGGUGGUUCAGGGAACCUGGUUCUGGGAGAUUGGGUUCGUGCUGUACCCUCCACGCGGCCCUGAGUGGGACUUGAAAGAUCCCAACAAUGCCAUGUUCGUUACCAUGUGUUACUCCUGGCACCUUGCCUUCGCCAUGCUUAUUGUGAGCAUGCUCUAUUGCAUCGUCAGCUGUGCGGUGCGCUCCAGACUGAAGAAGACCCCUCCGGUUGAAAUGGGGCUCCUGAAGGCCAGAGAGCGGGAUCCAGAGUCAGAGGACGAGAUUCUUUGAAGAGGACUGUUGCACAUCUGCACUGUGACUCAAACAUUAUAGAAAAAUCAGGUAUAAGUUGCUCCCAGUCCCAGCAACAGAAUAAGAAGCAAGACACACAGAUGGCAAAGGGAUAUGGACACAGAAGCUUCACCUUAGAAUUCUAUCUCUACCUCCAUCUUCAUGAAUCGUCUGGAAACCCCUUUUAGAUGUACUUUUGUUAUUACCUCCACCAGAGAAUCUUUGAGUGAUUCAGUCUGUCUGUGAGCAGGAUUACUGAUGAAGGUAUGGACAGAUAUGCAUGGAAAUGUUACCAGAGGUGGGGCUUGACCUGAAUUGAAAGUGGCUGUAUAGAAAAACUAGAAAAACACUCAUUUUCACAGCACAGCGGGGCUGGUUAUGGACCAAAAAAGGAAGCAAAUGACAACCGUUCAGGUGGGUCUGGAUCCAGAAGGUUUUGGGUUUUUUACCAUUGCGAGAAAGGACAAAACUGUAUGUUUCACAUAAUAGGUUCAAAAAUACAUAUCAGUUUUUAAUGAUAAAUAUUAGGAGACAUCAUCUUUAUGAAAAUAUGAACUAAUCUGGAUCCAGAGUCAGUUCAUGCUGGGAGUUUUCAGCCUUGAUGGAGGUAUGUAGUCUCAAGCUGCUCUUAUUUAUUUCACAGCAACAUAAUUUUCAUAUACGCCAUCAUAUCUUUAUUACUUUGCACAUAUAAUACAAGUGGAAAGCUUUUAAUGGAUUGCAUGCAUUAAUUCUGACGUUUUCCACAGUUUGGGAUUCAGUUGUGCUAUCUUUAUGGUGAAAACAUCAUUACAUCAUAAUGUGUGUUAAAGCACGAGCUGUACAUCUUGUAUUUUUGUUUUUUUCAUGUUAACAAACGAAUCAAACCAAAUGUCAAACUAUAGACUAUAAGACAAGCAAAAUAAAACUGUUUAA